CAGAGACCCGGAUGCUUGGCUCUUUCUCUUCCUCCUGUGUUGGCUGCUUUCGCCUCGGUAGUCAUGGGGAGCUUGCUGCAGUUUCUGAGGCUGGUGGGGCAGCUGAAGCGAGUACCCCGAACAGGUUGGGUCUACAGAAAUGUACCAAAUCCAGAAAGUGUGUCUGAUCAUAUGUACAGGAUGGCAAUCAUGGCUAUGGUCACUGAAGAUAAAACACUGAAUAAAGACAGAUGCAUACGGUUAGCUCUAGUUCAUGAUAUGGCUGAAUGCAUAGUUGGGGACAUUGCACCAGCUGACAAUAUUUCCAAAGAGGAGAAGCACAGACGAGAAGAGGAAGCUAUGAAACAUUUGACUCAGUUGCUUUCAGAAGAGCAGAGAAAAGAAAUUUUUGAACUGUGGGAAGAAUAUGAACAUCAAUGUAGUGCAGAAGCAAGGUUUGUAAAACAGCUGGAUCAGUGCGAGAUGAUACUUCAAGCCUUAGAAUAUGAAGACUUAGAGCAAAGACCUGGGACCCUUCAAGAUUUUUAUGACUCUACUGCAGGAAAAUUUAGUCACCCAGAAAUAGUCCAGCUUGUGUCUUCCAUAAAUACAGAAAGAAAUACAAAAAUAGCAGCAUCAAAAAAUGAUCCACCAUCAUGAGUCACCUUUGAAAUGUUUAGCACUAUGUAAAAUAAAUUAUUUUACAAUC